AUGACUGCAAACGAGAAAGGCUCUGGAAUUCUCGCAACCCAGUCCCUCGAUUCCCCGAACGAUGACGGAGCCUCGAAAGCGAUUCGCAAGCCAACAUGGUACCGCUCUACCUUCUGGAAUGCAUUCAUCUUGGGCAUCUGCAACUUCCUAGCUCCCGGCAUCUGGGGUGCGAUGAACUCGCUCGGUGGUGGAGGGCAACAGUCACCGACACUCGUGAACACAGCCAACGCCUUGACUUUCUGCCUUAUGGUCUUGACUUGCUUGUUCUCGUCCGUUAUCGUGCGGUGGGUUGGCGUCAAAUGGGCACUCAUCAUCGGCACUCUGGGAUACUGUCCUUAUGCUGCCGGACUCUAUGUCAAUAACCGCUACGGCGAUGGCUGGUUUGUGCUGCUGGGUGCGGCGCUCUGCGGUCUCUCGGCUGGUAUAUUCUGGUCUGUUGAGGCUGCCAUCGCGCUUGCAUACCCUGAGCCUCAUAACCAAGGUCGCUUUCUGGGCUUCUGGCUCAGCUUCCGUCUUGGUGGUCAGAUUGUUGGAGGAGCUAUCAACCUUGGUAUCAAUGUCAACAACAACAAGGCUGGCUCUGUAUCAUACCAUGUGUUCGAAGCAUUUAUUGCACUCCAGGCUCUUGCUCCCUUUGCUGGCCUCUUAUUGAGUCCUCCUGACAAGGUGCAGAGAACUGAUGGACUGCCGGUCCGCUUGAGCAUAGGAAACAGCAUCACGUACGAGCUCAAGGAGAUGUCCAAGCUCUUCUUCAGCAAGCGUUUCUUGCUCAUCGUGCCGUUGAUCGCACAAGCCGUCUAUGCCGAAUCCGUCUUCUUUACUUUCCAAGGGUUGUGGUUCAGUGUGCGCGCUCGUGCUCUCGGCUCUUUUCUCUCUGGCAUUGUCGCUGUCGUUAUGGGAAAUGUACUUGGCAAGUACCUCGACUACACCAAGCUCAGCCUCAAGUCUCGGUCUCGUGGUGCUUUCAUCACAAUUCUGGGUCUCCAAGGUGCUUGGUGGAUCUGGGCAACAGUGCUGGUUACCGAGUUCGACAAGACCAAUCCGACUUAUGACUGGGUUGACGCGGGCUUCGGCAAAGGCUUUGCCCUGUUUCUGUUCUGGGUCGCUGGAUUUCAAAUCAACUAUCUGUUCUUANNUACUUCGUCGUCGGCAACCUCGCCUCGACCCAAGAGGAACUUAUCCGCAUCUGUAGUCUCCUUCGCGGUACGGAAUCUGCAGUCCAAGCCGUCAGUGCUGACUAUCUUGCUAUGCACAGNNUAUGGUUUAGGUAGUGUGAGUGUCAUGGCCAGGACCGGCAACAUCUACCUCAACUUUGGUCUAUGGGGGAUCUCCCUUCUCCCGGCUUGGUUGGUGGUUUCUAAGAUCGGCGUCACGCUGGGUGAUAGGAAGGUGGUUCGUGAAGAAGAUUCGGCAGCGGAUGUACUUUGA